UGGGCGUUGAUUGCUCGUAUCAAAAUGGAUGCUUGCUUAUCAGUGAAGAAAAGAAUCAGUUUACUGGAGAAGAAGAGAAAGCAAGGACCACUGCCAUCUAAUGACAAAGAUUUAAAGGAUCUCUUAUCUCAAUGUCAAGGAGCUGAUCUGAAUGAUGUUAGGACAUCAUGUAGUGUAUUACAACAUGCUGUAUUGAGGAAAUGGGUCAAUGCAGAAACACUAAUAAAUGAUCUACGACUAAUUGUACCUGCAGCAAAUCAUCCACAAGUUAUUGUGCCCCUGUUGCUCGAUGUAUUAAGGUAUCAGCACUCAAUAAUGAAGUGCAUUCAAAGUAGUUUAUUGGUAAGAAGACAUCCACUGGUCUCAAUCAGUUCAAACAACUCAAUUCUGCUACAUAUUUCGAUACAUUCUGCCAUUGAGCUACUCAGAAUGAAUCCUGAUGUCCAUUCGUUCAGUGUAUUGAAACCAUUCUUUAAAUAUCUAUUAUUGGAUCCUCAUUAUUCUCCAUUGAGUGACAUUCUUCACGAGCAGUUGCUUCAAUUAGUUAGAGAUGAAUCUCCUUUAUCUCGUGAUAUAUUAGACACCAUUGUCUCUAUUGCUUCAUUCUAUUCCAUUGACUCCAUCGACAGUGCAUUAAGUACCAUCAGGAGAGUCUCUUCUCUUUCUAAAACUGUCAUUGGUUGCUAUUGUGAAGAUAUUCAACAAACUUGUACAUUCAUUGAUGAACUAGUUCAUCUUGUAUUCUCACUAUGUGUGGAGUCAACAAGACUGGGCCUGCCACUGCUGGAAUUAACUCUUAAUCUAACAAAAUUAAUUCAAUUUAGGCACAUCACUGCAUCAGACUGUCUUUGUUUGAGUUGGCUAAUCAUUAAACAAUUACUUGAUUCGCUAGUUAUCAAACAUUUACUGGAAAUUGUCCAGUGUGUCUUGGCAAGUGUGUCUCCAUUUUUAUGGUGUUUGUUUAAACUACCUCUCAUUCUUCUUGUGUCCCAGACUACACCAAAUAAUUAUAACAAGAUUUCAAAGACUAACAUACUAACAGCUAACUAUUUGCUGUCAAAAAUUGAAACAGAACCUCCUCAAAAAAGAGAAUGUGAUCCUAAUGAUGCUGUGAAUCAUAAUCUUAUUAUGAGGUCAUCAAUUAGUUCACAGUAUCUUGGAAUGUGCUUUGUGGCUGAGAAAUCAUUACAGUUUCUUGUGGGAAGGUCAUCAACAGACAGGCUUGCCUCUUCCUUUCAGAUAAGGAAUAUGACUCAAGAUGACGUACUUUCUCUUGGAAUAGUAAUUUGUGGGAUUGAGUCAUUGCCCACUCUAGUCCAUUCAGAAAUACCACUCAGUAUAUACAAUAUGGGAUCACUAAUGGUGACAUAUGUUGUAUAUACUCUUGGUAAAGUGUCUGAUCAUGAAUCCUGCUUCGAGCUACUUCAAUCUCUACCAUUAUUCUGUUCACACUCUAUCAGUGCUGAAAUGGUGACAUCAACUUUAUUAACUUUAACUAAGACUCCUGACAUUCUUCCAACUGCUUUACGUCUCCUUACCAAGACUUGGGAGAAACAAGAUAAGAUCCUUCCUUAUAUAUUGCCACUGCUCUUACCUCCAGUCUCUGGUAAAGCAGAAUGGUCUAUAUCUUCUGCUGCUUGUCUUAGUGAUAUAUGCAGACUGAGACCUGAGGUUCAUGGUGAAGAGUGUAUACCAUACAUAUCUCAAUUGCUUUCUUAUUCCGACAAUCCUCUAAUGACUGCACUCCUCAUAUCAGCCCUCACUAGUUUGUGUAGUAAUGGUAUUGUUGAACCAGCUCUAUUGUGGAAACUAUUGGAGCCUCAACUCUCGUCAAGAGAUAGUCCGAUCAUAGAUAAGGCAUUGUGUGAAUUCUUUGUAUUAGCAGCAGACACUUGUAACAAGGACAGACCCAGUCAAACAUUUUGUGACGAGGCUCUUCAGCAUUUAUGGAAUAUGACACUUAAAGAGGACACAGAAACUGUGAAUAAUUCUGUAAAAGCCAUUGCUAGUUUUCCAUUGGAGUCUCUCACUCGUCAAGUUCUACCAGGCCAACUAUUGAACUUAUUACCAUAUAAGGAAGAAGAGUUAGAUCAAAGUGUUCUAAGUAAUGCAGAGCUUCUGUUAAUAUUUCUGACUGUGACAAGAAGUGAUGAGAAGUCUUUGUGCCUUAAACCCUUAAUAAGUUACCUGGUAGAGAAAGAAAUAGUUUUAUUACCGCGUGGAACUGUUUAUAAUGCACUCCAAAAGUUGAAGUCUUCAAGAACAAUCAUGGAUAAGACAAGAAGUGAACUUGAGAAAUUUCUAAAAAGUUGCUGUACAGUUGAGCAUGGCCCUGCAAUUUAUUAUUUGAAUACUGACGUUGUGGCGGAACACCCACAGUCAUUUCCAAAGAAGAGAGAUCAGCUAUUGAAUAUAAUAAGGAAAACACUGAGGACUGGCACCUUUAAUGAGUUGUGUAUUCUAUCUGAAGGAACAGAAUGGAACAAAUUAAUGACAUUGACAAUCGAAACACAAAUUAAAGUUUCUGGUGUAAGACUGGCUGAAAAUGGACAAAAAAGAAAUGACACUGUCAACAAGGCUAUUAGUGACAUUGUAAAUAUGUUAAAGGACUCAUACAGGGAUUGUGUGUUCAAUGGAAUGGGAUCUGUAGUUGGUUUAGUCACUUCUGAGCUGGUUCUUGAUGUGUAUCCACAGUCCCUGUUACUUGUAUUGCAAUAUCUGACAUCUUAUUUGAAUAAUAAUGUAUUGUAUUCCCAACAUAAGGGCUGCUCCAUUGCUGAUGCUUUGAAAGUAUUAUUGACUACAGCCACAGUCCAAGAUAUUACAAGAUCAAUUCUAGUCCACAUUCCUGUUCUAACUCAUUUCUUGGGUCAGUAUCCGUUGAAGACAGUUCAAGUUCUUAAUGGAAUACUUAAGAGUUUAGCAUCUGAAGUUGUAUCAAUUAUAUUAAGAAAUGACGACCCUGAUAUCACUUCUCUGGCCUGUUUAGCUACAUCAGCUAUAGUUCAGGAUCUAUCGUUUAUUAAGGAGGUACUGCAUGUGGUCUUGCUGAUGUCAUUGUACCAUUACCAGUGGCUAACUGGAGUUCAAUACUAA